AUACUUUCAUCCUUAAUUAGGUCAAGCCUGUGCGAGCCAGGAAAAGGUUGUGUUUACGGGAAGCUCCAAAUACUGUGGGUGAGCGUCCCUUCCUUGGUGCUAUCUGCAUUUUGGGGGCACGGACAUUAUGACGUGGAGGUGGAGCCUGGUCUCCGAGGUCCUGAAAUAGUCACCAUGGGGGAAAAUGACCCACCUGCUGCCGAAGCCCCCUUCUCCUUCAGGUCGCUUUUCGGCCUUGACGAUUUGAAAAUAAGUCCUGUUGCACCAGAUGCCGACGCGGUAGCUGCCCAGAUCCUGUCUCUGCUGCCACUGAAGUUCUUUCCCAUCAUUGUCAUCGGGAUAAUUGCAUUGAUAUUAGCGCUGGCCAUUGGUCUGGGCAUCCACUUUGACUGCUCCGGGAAGUACAGGUGUCGGUCGUCUUUUAAGUGUAUUGAGCUGACGGCUCGAUGCGACGGAGUGUCAGACUGCAAAGACGGGGAAGAUGAGUACCGAUGUGUCCGCGUGAGCGGUCAGAAUGCCGCGCUCCAGGUGUUCACGGCUGCCACCUGGAGGACCGUGUGCUCUGAGGACUGGAAGAGUCACCACGCUACCGUUGCCUGUGCCCAGCUGGGGUUUCCAAGCUAUGUGAGUUCGGACACGCUCAGAGUGGAUUCACUCGAGGAGCAGUUCCGAGAGGACUUCGUUUCCAUCAAUCACCUCUUGCCAGAUGACAAAGUGACCGCUUUACACCACUCGGUGUACGUGAGGGAGGGAUGCGCCUCGGGUCACGUGGUUACCUUGAAGUGCUCAGUCUGCGGUCUGAGGACGGGCUCCAGCCCACGCAUCGUGGGUGGCAACGUGUCCUUGCUGGCGCAGUGGCCCUGGCAGGCCAGCCUGCAGUUCCAGGGCUACCACCUGUGCGGAGGGUCUGUCAUCACCCCCGUGUGGGUCGUCACUGCUGCCCACUGUGUUUAUGAUCUCUACCUCCCCAAGUCAUGGACCAUCCAGGUGGGCCUCGUUUCCCUGCUGGACAGUCCAGCCCCUUCCCAUCUGGUGGAAAAAAUCAUCUACCACAGCAAAUACAAGCCAAAGAGGUUGGGCAAUGACAUCGCCCUCAUGAAGCUGGCCAGGCCUGUCACUUUCAACGAGAUGAUCCAGCCAGUCUGUCUGCCCAACUCCGAAGAGCACUUUCCUGAUGGGAAAAUGUGCUGGACGUCAGGCUGGGGGGCCACAGAGGAUGGAGCAGGCGAUGCCUCCCCGGUCCUCAACCAUGCGGCUGUGCCUCUGAUCUCCAACAAGAUCUGCAACCACAGGGACGUGUACGGCGGCAUCAUCUCCCCCUCCAUGCUCUGUGCUGGCUACCUGAAAGGCGGUGUGGACAGCUGCCAGGGAGACAGUGGGGGGCCCCUGGUGUGUCAAGAGAGGAGGGUGUGGAAGUUGGUGGGAGCCACGAGCUUUGGCAUUGGCUGCGCCGAGGUGAACAAGCCCGGAGUCUACACCCGCAUCACCUCCUUCCUGGACUGGAUUCACGAGCAGAUGGAGAGGGACCUGAAAACUUGA